UCAGAGGGGCACUGGUGUCCCCAGCCUGGUGCCCGGGCUGGCGGGCGAUGACCGACGCGGUGCUGGGCGGCUCCUCGGACCGGUGGAUGUGCCCCAGUGACAGGACCAUGUCCCUCCGAGCCAGCAGUGAGAAGGAGCAGCUCCCGGCGGGAUGGGCGGCACAGCCCGAGCGGCAGCGCAAGGGCGAGGAGCUGACGGAUGAGGAGAAGGAAAUCAUCAACCGGGUGAUCGCCCGCGCCGAGAAGAUGGAGGAGAUGGAGCAGGAGCGCAUCGGGCGCCUGAUGACCCGGCUGGAGGACAUGCGCCGCAGCGUGCUGGGGGACGGCGUCAACCGCUGCAUCCUCUGCGGGGAGCAGCUGGGGACGAGGGGCUCUGCCUGCGUCGUCUGCGAGGACUGCAAGAAGAACGUGUGCACCAAGUGCGGGGUGCAGACCACCAACAACCGGCCCCAGGCCAUCUGGCUCUGCAAGAUCUGCAGCGAGCAGAGGGAGGUGUGGAAACGCUCCGGUGCCUGGUUCUUCAAGGGUUUGCCCAAGCAGAUGCUGCCACAGCCAAUGCCCGUCAGCAAGAAGGGACCCCAAACCCCAAGCGAGCCCCGCCCGGCCGAGUCGCCCGCCCCAGACCCCAAAGUCCCCUCCCGGGCACCCACCCGAGGCCAGGCGGAUGCCGAGGACACCGAGGGCACCGACGGCACAGCGGCCGCCCGGGGGAGCCGCAAAGCGGCCGAGGGCCGGCCGGGUCCGUGCGGCAGCGAGGACACCGCUGGGGACAGCGACAGCCGCGACUACGCUGCCGAGAGCGGGGUCAGCAGGAGCCCCGGUGUGAAGAGAACCAACUCCGUGCAAGGCCAGCGGCCACCCCCGCCGGCCAGCGCCGCUGGACCUGCCCCGGCAGCCGCAGCGCCGGCGGCCGCAGCGGCAAGGCCGGGUCCCGGGGGUCCCGCCCGCUUCCCGGAGAGACAAGGUAACCCCGGCCCCCCGGAGCCGGCCCGCGGCGCCGCCAGGGAGGAGAGGGGAGGGGGCUUUGCCGUGCCCCCCGGCAGGGAGGACAGGCCAGCCUGGCAGCCCCCUGCUGCCACCCAGCCCCCGCCCGCAGCCGCGGCCCCGCAGCGGCAGCAGCCCCGCGAGGAGGAGGAGGAGGAUGCCAACAGCUACGACUCGGAUGAAGGCACCACGCUGGGAGCUCUGGAGUUCAGCCUGCUCUACGACCAGGACAACAGCUCCCUGCACUGCACCCUCAUCAAGGCCAAGGGCUUAAAACCAAUGGAUUCCAAUGGCCUGGCUGAUCCCUAUGUGAAGCUGCACCUCCUGCCCGGAGCCAGCAAGUCGAACAAGCUGAGGACGAAGACGCUGCGCAACACCCGGAACCCGGUGUGGAACGAGACCCUGGUGUACCACGGCAUCACCGACGAGGACAUGCAGAGGAAAACCCUCAGGAUCUCCGUGUGUGACGAGGACAAAUUCGGCCACAACGAAUUUAUUGGAGAAACCAGAGUUGCCUUGAAAAAACUCAAAGCCAACCAGAAAAAGAACUUCAACAUCUGCCUGGAGAGAGUAAUACCAACGAAGCGUGCCGGAACAACGGGUGCAUCCCGUGGGAUGGCUCUGUACGAGGAGGAGGUGGAUCGCGGCGGGGACGUGGAGGAGCGCGGGAAGAUCCUGGUGUCCCUCAUGUACAGCACCCAGCAGGGCGGGCUCAUCGUGGGCAUCGUGCGCUGCGUGCACCUGGCGGCCAUGGACGCCAACGGAUACUCGGAUCCCUUCGUCAAGCUUUGGCUGAAACCUGACAUGGGCAAAAAGGCCAAGCACAAGACACAGAUUAAGAAGAAAACGUUGAAUCCUGAGUUUAAUGAGGAGUUCUUCUAUGACAUCAAACACAGCGACCUGGCCAAGAAAUCCCUGGACAUUUCCGUCUGGGAUUACGACAUCGGAAAAUCCAACGACUACAUCGGCGGUUGCCAGCUGGGAAUCACGGCCAAGGGCGAGCGCUUGAAACACUGGUACGAGUGUUUGAAGAACAAGGACAAGAAGAUCGAGCGCUGGCACACCCUGCAGAACGAGAACCAUGUGGCCAGUGAUUAAAGGGAGCCUCUGCCCGGCCCUCCCUGCCCUCUGCCACGCCCCUGUAGGUCCCUGAUGUCCCUGGUGUCCCGUCUUCCAGCACAGCCACGCCUUGCUACAGCCUCUGAUCCCAGGGUCCUCCGCCUCCUCCAAGCCCCCUCCAUCCUCCCCUCCGCUGGAA